AUGUCGAAGUUUUUCGACAUACCUGGUUCUCAUAAGCCGUCGAUAGAAUCUGCUAAUGAAUCAACCUCGUUGCAUACACGUAAGCAGAGUCUCACAUAUUUUAACUAUGGCUCCACAAUUGAACAGCGCAAAGUUUCGUCAAAAUUUGAUCCAGAGAAUCCGAACAAAGACAAGCUUGGUACCUUCGAUGGAGUAUUUGUACCAACGACACUGAAUGUAUUGUCUAUCCUGAUGUUUUUACGUUUUGGUUUCAUUAUAGGGCAAAUGGGUGUACUGGGAACAUUGUUGCUUUUACUAUUGAGCUACACAAUUGAUCUUUUAACAACUCUCAGCAUUUCAGCUAUUUCAACGAAUGGCACAGUAAGGGGUGGCGGCGCAUACUACAUGAUCUCAAGAAGUUUGGGUCCUGAAUUUGGUGGUUCAAUAGGCUUAAUCUUCUUCCUAGGUCAAAUUUUGAAUAGUGGUAUGAAUGUGGUCGGGAUCAUCGAGCCUUUACUGUAUAACUUCGGCAACUCUGUCGACCUUGAAACGCCCGCUUUAUUUCCAUUAUUGAGAAGGGGAUACUGGUGGGAAUUCCUUUAUGCCUCUCUUAUUUUACUUUUCUGUCUUACUGUUGCAUUGGUAGGUUCCGCCACGGUUUCAAAAGCAGGAAAGAUACUUUUUUGGUUGCUACUUUUUUCCACUCUAUCAAUUCCUUUGUCUACAGUCUUUGUUAAACCAUUUAGCGAUGGUGAGAUACUGUAUACCGGAGUUUCACUCACAACGUUGCGAGAAAAUCUAUUUCCCCAUUUUACAAAAGGUGCUGCUGGAUCGCUACUGAAGGGUAGGGAAACAUUCAAUGACAUGUUUGGCAUCUUUUUCCCAGCAACAGCAGGGAUUUUUGCUGGUGCAGGCAUGAGCAGUGAAUUACGAAAGCCCUCAAAAUCAAUACCGAAGGGAACGUUAUGGGGCCUGGUGUUAACGUUUGGUUGUUAUUUGGUCGUAAUUUUAGCUAUAGGGAGCUCAGUACCUCGUAAAUCACUUCACGCUGAUGUUCAAAUUAUUCAGACCAUUAACGCCUCUCAAGUAGUGAUUCUGAUCGGAGAGCUCUCUACGUCUCUGUUUUCUGUGAUUGUCGGUAUUGUGGGGGCAGCAUACGUUCUAGAGGCUAUUUCAAAAGACACCAUAUUACCAGGUCUUUCCAUUUUCCAGAGAAGUCCUCUUUAUUCGGUGCUUUUUUCAUGGUUUUUAACUCAAUUGUGUCUAUUUUCCGAUGUCAAUCAAAUUGCAACAUUCAUUACCAUGACAUUUCUAAUGACAUUUGUUGUGAUGAAUCUUGCAUGUUUUUUACUCGAAGUUUCCUCUGCUCCAAAUUUUCGACCUUCUUUCAGGUACUUCGAUUGGUAUACUGCUCUGGCUGGCGGAAUUUUGUCAAUCAUAGCAAUGUUUAUUGUGGACGGAACAUCUGCUUUUCUAGUGAUACUUGCCAUAGCGAUGAUAUUUAUGACCAUUCAUUUCUUUUGCCCACCCAAACCUUGGGGUGAUGUCUCCCAGAGCUUGAUUUACCACCAGGUGCGAAAGUAUCUUUUGCGUUUACGUCAAGAUAAUGUUAAAUACUGGAGGCCUCAGGUUCUGCUUCUUGUCGACAACCCUCGUACGAGUUGGAAUCUAAUAAAGUUCUGCAACCAUCUGAAAAAAGGUGGGCUUUAUGUACUUGGUCAUGUCACAGUUAGCAAGAAUUUCCAACGCGAAUAUCAAGAGUUGCGGAAGCAAACCAAGGCGUGGGUUAAGAUCAGAGACAUGGCCAGAAUAAAAGCCUUCGUCCAAAUAGGGACGGGGCCCACACUUGCUUGGGGUGUACGAAAUGUCUUCCUGGGCUCGGGCCUGGGCGGUAUGAAGCCCAAUAUUACAGUUAUUGGUUUUUUCGAUCUUGCUAACUACUAUGAUAUGAAGAAAAAGAACUCCUUUCGAUCUCUUAGAGGCGAACCGACGACGGACCCUCCAUAUCUCAAUGCGCAUCGUCAAAAUGACGGAAGCAUAGCAAUUGAUAUGGCCCAUGAAGCCAAUUCUCUUCCUACUGACAAUUGCAAAUACGAGCAAAAGGUGAAAGUACAGCAGUGGGUUCAAAUCAUUGAGGACCUGUCUUUAAUGCAAAGCAACAUCGCAGUUGCUCGGGGUUUUCAGGACUUAAAUCUACCGAAUAGGCACAAGAAAGUGGAUCAAACCAGAUUUAUAGAUUUAUACCCAAUCCAAAUGUCGGCAAAGCUUAUUGUUGAUGAAUGUUCACCGGAGGGGGUACUCACAACUAAUUUUGAUACUUACACGCUAAUUCUUCAAUUAGGAGCAAUUUUGGUAACUGUGCCGGACUGGAAAUGCACUCACACCUUGAGAGUUGUCGUUUUCGUGGAAAAUGAAUCGCAGAAAUUCGACGAACACAAACGUCUGAUCAACUUACUUAAUGUCUUAAGGAUCGAGGCUCAAGUGAUUGUCUUGACUUUAGAUCAGUUCAGAGUUUACAACACAAUUGUAAAAGGCGAUAACAUUAAGCUGGAUUACGUGAAACGAGCUCUAGAGGGUAAUUCGUGGUGGGAAGAGCUUGUGGAAGCAAGGGCUACUCAUAAGUCUGGACGUCGUUUCACAACAUCACAACCAUUGAACGUGGACCCGCUGAAGCGUCAUCGAGAAAACUUAUCAAAAUACAACGUCUCAAAGUUGCAACGAUUGGGCGUUUCUCUUACGAUGACAUCUAGCGUACCAAACAGUGGUUACAAUUUUGCCUAUGAGUCCGAGGAUUCUGAUGAUGAAGACGAUACCGAUUCGGUUUUGUUGGAUUCAUCAACCGUGGUGACAAAUACUGAAAAUAGUGAAUUGAUGAGCAAAGAUCAUCAAUCAAAGACUGCUCACAAGGCUGGUCCUCGUGGAAGGGCCGCAAAACUCUCUGAUGAACGUUCGGUGCGUUCCCUCAUGCCAGUUUUCUCCAGUGAUGCAUUGCCCCGGACUAAAGUGAUAGAAGAGGCAACGGGGGAUGAGCCAUCAUUGGUUCCGGUUGCGGAUCUUCGUACACCAUCACGCAUCCGCGGUGAAUCUGAAUUUCAAAGAAAUGCAAAAUUGCCGAACUUAUCGCCUUGUCAAUCUAGUGAGAGCUUAAUGGCAGAUUUACGCAAUUUAACUUUCAAUGAUAUACCCAGCAAAGCUCAACAUUUGAUUUUAAAUGAUGUUAUGAGCCAAAUGUCAAAAGAUACUGACUUGAUUUUUUCGACACUUCCCAUUCCGCCACUCGACACCCAUAGCAAUGAGGAAGCUAGUUUGGAGUACGUUGAAAAUCUAGAGGUAUGGCUUGCAGGUCUCCCGCCAACGAUGCUCAUCAACUCAAAGUCCAUGACGGUGACCACCGCUUUGUAA